UGGUCAAAUUCUUGUCCACAACAGCGAAGAGGUCCAUAGGCUCUUUGCAAUCUUGUCACUGAUGACAUACAUUAUGUGUGUGUCCUCUUUGCAAUCUUGUCACUGAUGACAUACAUUAUGUGUGUGUCGCUCACUCUGUUACAUUGAUAUGUCUAGUUUAUUGCAGAGCGAAUAGAUAACCCCAGCAGCAACCCCAAGCCCACCGUGCCCAUCUUCUUUGACAGUCUCUCUCUCUCGUCUAUCUUGCCCCAAAGAGCAAAGAUGGCCGGGUCCUUCGUCCUGAACACCGGCGCAAGGAUGCCAUCGGUCGGCCUCGGCACAUGGCAGAUAGAUCCUGAUGUUGUCGGCGACGCCAUCUACGCUGCUGUCAAGGCUGGAUAUCGGCAUAUUGAUUGUGCUCCAGUGUACCGCAAUGAGAAACAGGUUGGUUUCGCCUUGAAGAAACUAUUUGAGGACGGUGUGGUUAAGCGUGAAGAUUUGUUUAUCACCUCUAAGCUGUGGUCUGGUGAUCAUGCACCUGAAGAUGUUCCAGAGGCAAUUGGCACUACUCUUAAAGAUUUGCAGCUUGACUUCUUAGAUCUGUUCCUCAUUCAUGCUCCAAUCCGUAUAAAGAAAGGGACUACGCCGAGCCAUGAAAACAUUCUCCCACCUGAUAUUCCUGCUACAUGGGAAGCGAUGGAGAAGCUAUACGACUCUGGCAAAGCUCGAGCAGUUGGUGUGAGUAGCUUCUCUUGCAAGAAGAUUGAGGAUUUGCUUGCCAUUGCACGUGUGCCUCCAGCAGUCAACCAGGUUGAAUGUCAUCUGAUUUGGCAGCAAGACAAGCUCCAAAAACUAUGCCAUUCGAGGGGUGUUCAUAUUUCUGCAUUUUCGCCAUUAGGUUCGCCUGGAUCAUCUCUACCUGGGGUCAGCGGGGCUAUCGUCCUUAGCAAUCCUAUUGUCAUCUCUGUUGCUGAGAAGUUGCAGAAGACGCCUGCUCAAGUUGCCUUACGCUGGUGUCUUCAAAUGGGUCAGAGUGUACUUCCAAAAAGCACCAAUGAAGCAAGGAUUAAGGAGAACUUUGACAUAUUUGAGUGGUCCAUUCCUGAAGAUUUAAUGGCAAAGUUCUCCGAAAUCAAACAGGCAAGGUUGCUGAAAGGGGAAUUUGCGGUUCACCCUCUAAGCGUUUACAAAACCUUGGAGGACCUUUGGGAUGGCGAAAUUUAAAGCAGAUGAACUUCUUUAGAGUGAACAAACUGAAUGAGCUAGUGAAGGCACUGCAUAUCCGCAGUAUGCCUUGUGUGUUAAACAAAGUUAAUUGUUUUGAUGAUAUUUUUCAUUUCUCUCUUGAACUUCUGGUAAUGUAAUAAUAUUUGCCAUUGACCAGAGAAAAA